AUGCCACGGAAGGUAUCAACAAAAACAUACGACGUUGACGGAUUUAUUUCUCAACUGCUCGCAUCUCAGAAAUUCGAUGAACUCACCGAAUUGUUCGCGAAUAAAGCUGCGUAUAAAAUAAAAAAAAUUGAUCCAUCGCUAACAGACAUUGUGACGAUGAGACGGAGCAAAAAUGCCGACACAGAACUAUUGAAAGACGAUCACAUGCAGACUGAAUUAAUGGAUUCCAAAUUACGUGAUGAUGACAAGCAAAGUAAGGAGUAUCGAAAGUUUUACCCGAGUAUAUUACUCAAGGAUGGUGAGUUAUCACCAAACGAAAAUCUUACACUUAAAUACACAUACAUUACAAGGAACGCGAAAAAAAAUAGUAAGAUCGAGAUUCCUAAUAAAAAGAAAGAUGAUAAUGACGGCCAUUCUUUAGCGAACGUCAAUCCUAAAGAAGCCCAAAAUGAAACUAAACAGAAUCAAAAAGAAUCGAAGGGAAGCCACGGGAAUUAUGAAAACCAUCACAAUGAUAAAGUUGGUGAUGUGCAUUAUAAGAAUGGAAAAAUCGAUCAGGAAUAUACAAAGGUACAAAAUUUUCAACAAAACCAUAUGGAAUCAACGCGUUCUUAUCCACAUGUCGAAGACAACGUGAAAAAUGAAACUCACUCAAAGGAAGAACAUUAUUCCAAACCAAAUUUUAAGAGCAAAGCUUAUAGCGUCAUACAAGAUCACGCACAUAACAACGCAUCAGCGGAAAUAAGUGCAGGAAAGCAUAACGACACUUCAGGCAAAUUCAAAGAGAUAAAUCAUGUAGAAAUCGAUCAUAUAAAAGACCUAAAUAACGUGCGAGAGACUACCACCACGCACUUGAAAGCGGAAAAUACCACCACUAAUAUGAAUAACACCGCACAAAAAGAUUAUGCUAACUAUAAUAACAUGACUGAUAUUGCGCAUUUUAGAUCUCAGAUAUCAGACGAUGAACGAAGUCAGACAAAGAGUGCUGAAUUUGGAAGGAACAUAAGAAAUGUACCAGGUAGAAAAUUAAAAAAAAUACCAAAAAAAGAACAACAAUUUAAAAAAUCUGGAAAACUAUACGGAAAUCUCAGACAACAUAGGAAAGAAAAGGGAAAAAUAGAACGUGAAUGGGCAGAAAAAAUUUUAAGAAACAGACUAAAGGAAGAAGAUAGAUUACGACAAGCAGCAGAAAUGUAUGAAAGAGCCGAACGAAAACGCCUUCCUUUUAUUAGAAACUACGAUAAGGAAGAUUAUGAUGAGGAUAAGCCUAGAGAAUUAUUCAUAUUUGGAGUAGAAAAAAACAUACUUGAAAUACCAAGAGAGAAGUUGGAAAAGAAACUACGAGAAGGAGCAGAAAAUUCUACAAAAAUUGAACUUGCGCAGGAAGAUAAAUGGGUAAAAGAACGAAAAGAAUUUGAAAAGAUGUUAAAAGAAGAAUCGGAAAAACGGGACAGAGAAAUAAAGGAAAGAUUACAAUAUUGGGAAAAAGAAAGGAUAAAAAUUAAUGAAGAAUUAAAAGAGCAACAUAAGGACUUGGAAAAAUGGCAAAAUGAUAAGUUAAAUGAAAUGUUUAAAGAAAAAGAAAGAUAUGAGAGUCAACUGAAAGAACAAUCACUGUUGCAAGAAAAACAGGAAGAAGAGAGGUUAAACAAAUUGGUAAAAGAGAAAGAAAUAUAUGAAAGUCAAAUGCAACAAGAAGCAGAAUUAUUUGAAAAACAGGAACAAAUGAGAUUGGAAAAAAUUGCAAAACAGAAAGAAGAUUUCGAAAAGAAGCUCCGAGACGAAAACAAGAAAGUGGAAGUAGACAAAAAGCCCAAAGAAGAAGAAAAGAAAGUGAAACCUGACGAAGUAACUACAGAAGAAGCUGAGAAAGAAAAGAAAGACCCCGAAAAAGAAAAAGAUGAGGAACCCACAAAAGUAAAGGAAAAGACAGAAAAAGAAAAGAAGAAGGAGCCCCCUAAAGAAAAAAAGAAACCGAAAGAAUUAGAUUAUAUAGAUUUCAGGGCUGAGGAAGAGCCAGAUCAGAUAUAUGAUACUAAAGAGGGGCGAAAACAAGAUACAGAAAAGAAAGUUAAAGAAUAUGAGAAACAGCUAGAGAAAGAGAUUAGGGAAGAGGAUGAAAGUUCGGAGGAAUUAGAACUAGAAGUGCCUAAGCAUCACAUGCAAAGUGUACAAAGAACCAAGCUAGAUCCCAGCAAAGUUAACAUUGAGCCAUAUAAGAAUAUUGAAGACGAAUAUAACAAUCGCUUUAUAGAAGGUGAAUCAGCUGAAAACAAUGGCGAUCAGAGGUCAAAAGAAGAUGAACUAGUCGGCAAACGACCUGACGGUAAGCAAUCAGCGCCGCCCAUGGACACUCGCAACGGAGGAGUUACGCGUGCGAUGUUAUCUGUAGAUGCAAUGGCAGAAGCAACAAACACAGUGUUCAUAGACGUGGCUUCCUCUUCACAAUUUGUGAUCGCUGACACUACAGAGGAACAAAAAGAUGUAGUUGUUGAGGAACUAGAGGAUUGCGCUAGGCUGGCCUACUGGUUAGCGUUGGCGCCUGCAUCGCUGUUGAUGGUUGCGCUGCGGCGAGUCCAACGCGCCAUCUGUCGGAUACCACGCGCGUUUGCUGCCAUCUCCGGCGGCGGCGCGUGUGACGAUGUUGAGGCGCACGGUACGUUCACCAGUGGCGCGGGUAGAGGGUUCGAUUCCGGGCCCGGCACAAAGCAACCCCAACAAGAGGUUAUAGUGGGGCAACCCCGCCGCAUCCAUUGCCCUGAAUGCGAUCGCUACACAGCCGAGACGGAAGAAAAAAUGUUACGUCACAUCCGCAAGAAGCAUAGAGGAGAAAAUCCUUUUCAAUGCUACAUGUGUGACUAUUCUACUUAUAACAAAAUCCUGUUCGAAGAACAUGUAAGGAUUCAUCAAGGCAUAAAACCUUAUAAAUGCAGUCACUGCCCCUACAGAAGUGUGUCAAAGAAGAAUACAAAGAAACAUGAAUUAAUACACAGACCGGAUAACCCACACAAGUGUGAUCAAUGUGGUUUCAUAGCCCGCCAUGCGAGAGCUUUAAAACACCAUAUCCUCUCCCAUACUGAUGAACCCACCUCAGAAGAAUGCUCCCUGUGCCUCUUAAAGUUCAGUUCCGUGCAGAAGUACAACAGUCAUAGAAAAAGUCGGAAAAGGUGUCCGGAAUGCAAGAAAAUGUUUUGUUCAAGAAUAUAUCAAGAACACCUCUUUACAAUACACGGUAUAGAAAAGGCAACGAAGAAACAAGGCACUAAAAAAUCGCUAUUCAAAUGUAACCUUUGCGAUUGGGAAGGCAGCAGCAAGCCAAGGAUAUUACUCCAUUUAAUUCACCAUCCAGAUCAAGAUGUUGACCAGAAUAUUGUUGACACACUCAUCCUAAGAGAAUUAGGUAUCAUGGGUCCAAAUAAAACUGGUCAAUGA